AUGACAUCUGAAAUUCAAGCUUUGAAUUUACAAUUCAUCUUCAGUGACUUCUUUAAUUCUAUUGGGGGAUCGUCAUCUGAUUUGCUUUUGCAAGUAACUCCAUUUGAAAGUCUUAUCAAUUCAUCUCUUAGCAACAAUAAAGUUUUGCCGAAAUCAACAAAUUCGCCAAAUCGUCAACAACAACAACUUGAGUUCCAUAGUAAACAACAAACAAGUUCUACUCUAUCAUUCAGUUUGAUGUGA